AUGGAGGUGUCGCGGAAAAUCAAGAAUAAAGUGUCCGCUGGAUUCAAGAUGCGAGGGUUCAUACUCCGGCCCGAGGCCAGUCGGUACCUGGUGGAGGUGCUGGAGGCUGUGAGUGUGACCGAGCUGGAUGACAUCAUGGAGAGGGUCCUGGACGCGGUGGAGAAGCAGCCGCUGUCGUCCAGUAUGAUUGAGCUGUCUGUGCUGGAGAGCGCUGUCCAGGAUUGUACUCAGUCGUGUAAUGAAGCCAUAGACAACGUGUUUAACAUCAUUGGUGCAUAUGACAUACCAAGAUUCAUCUACAAUGUGGAGAGAAAGAAGUUUAUACCCAUCAAGAUGACGAGCCACCCGUCCCCCAGCCUGUGUGGACUGUCCCGGGACAAAGCCGAGCUCUUCAGGGAGCGAUACACAAUCCUACAACAGCGCACUCACAGACACGAGCUCUUCACGCCCCCGGCCAUCGGGACUGUGGUGGACGAGGGACAGAACAAGUUUCAGCUGAAAACCAUAGAAGCUCUCCUGGGAAGCACGUCCAAACUGGGAGAAGUCAUCGUUCUGGGGAUGAUCACACAACUCAAGGAGGGUAAAUUCUACUUGGAGGACCCCAGUGGAACGGUGCAGCUCGACAUGUCCAAAGCACAGUUUCACAACGGCCUCUACACGGAGUCCUGCUUUGUCCUGGCAGAAGGCUGGUAUGAAGAUGGAGUGUUCCACGUCAACGGUGUGGGCUUUCCUCCGACAGAACCCUCCUCAGCCACCAGGGCGUACUACGGAGACAUUAACUUCUUCGGCGGCCCGUCUAACAUUUCUGUGAAGGCGUCGGCGAAGCUCAAGCAGCUGGAGGAGGAGAAUGAAGACGCCAUGUUUGUGCUGGUGUCAGACGUGUGGCUGGACAGUGUGGAGGUCAUGGAGAAGAUCAACCUCAUGUUCUCGGGUUACGCCACAAUGCCUCCCACUUGUUUCAUCUUUUGUGGAAACUUCCUCUCUGCUCCUUAUGGAAAGACACAAAUGAAAUCCCUCAAAGAAUCCCUAAAGUCUCUGGCCGAUGCCAUCUGUGCCCACCCCAGCAUCCACAGUGGGAGUCGUUUUGUGUUUGUGCCUGGACCAGAAGACCCCGGUCCUGGGAGCAUACUGCCAAGACCUCCUCUGGCCGACCACAUCACUCAGGAGUUUCGAGAGAGAGUGCCAUUUUCUGUCUUCACUACAAACCCCUGCAGGAUUCAGUACUGCAGUCAGGAGAUGGUCAUCAUGAGGGAGGACAUGGUCAACAAGAUGUGUCGCAACUGUGUGCGCUUACCCACCAACAACCUGGACAUCCCCAACCACUUUGUGAAGAGCGUGCUGUCCCAGGCCCACCUGGCUCCUCUGCCGCUGUACGUCAGCCCCGUGUUCUGGGCCUACGACUACGCCCUGCGGCUGUACCCGGUCCCCGACCUCAUCGUGUUCGCCGACAAGUACGACCCCUUCAGCAUCACCAACACUGACUGUCUGUGUGUCAACCCGGGCUCCUUUCCAAGAAGUGGUUUCACGUUUAAGGUGUACUAUCCGUCCAGCAGAACGGUGGAGGACAGCAAACUUCAAGGACUCUGA